AUGGUGUGCUGUAAUUGAGACAUAGGACGGCCAUGGUUGGAACAGUAUGUGGGAGGGACCGAGAUACUGGAUUGUUUGGCCGCCGAGGCCCGCGGGUGGAUUGCACAGAGUUUGUCCCACCAGACACCAUAUAUAUCCGUUUAUAGUGCCCUCGAUUAUGCCGGCCGCCCAGGGUUCCCUCUUUGUACGUACAUUGCGCAGCACCAGAAGAGCAGAAUAAACCCUUCAUUCCAAUCGAUUGCCCGUGGCUCCGUUUGGUGGGCAGUGUGUGCUACUUGUUAAGUCCCGUAUAAACGUCCCUCCUUCCCAUUUUAUCGAUACGACUGAAUUAUGCCAGCAAAAUGCUGAUCUGUCCUUCCCUCACUCUGCCACUCACCUUGUUCAGCUAUGCCUAGCGAAAGUGCGAUUCGACCGAAUCAAGCUCCCAUCGAGGUGAUAGGACUAGGUCAUGGACGAACAGGGACGAUGUCUUUGGGAGCAGCGCUCGAGAUCCUCGGUUUUGCUCCUUGGUAUCAUAUGAUUACGAUACUCAACGGAAAACGGGCUGGCGAUUAUGAGGUUUGGAACGCAUUGGGCGAAGGAACGGCGAAGCCUGAAGACCUUGACCGCAUUCUCGCCGGGCAGAAGUCCGUCUUGGAUUAUCCUGCGUCUUUGUAUCCCAAGGAGCUAUACGAAGCAUAUCCGAAUGCAAAGUUCGUUCUGACGGUACGAGACGUUGAGAAAUGGAUAGCCAGCAUGAAGGCGACCCUGGUGGCCGUUAACGACUCCAUAGAGGCCAUGGACGCUUCGAAGGUGCCUCGGGAAAUGGCUGCCACUCACUACUGGUGGAAGACGUAUGGUCCUGUCGGAACCAAACGGGGAAGUGCGGACUUGCAUACCGCCUUCAACAGGCAUAACGACUACGUCAAGGCUCUGAUCCCGGCAGAGCAGCUGUUGGUAUACGAGGUUGGCGAAGGCUGGGAACGGUUGUGCAAGUUCCUGAGCGUGCCGGUGCCGGACGUGCCUUUCCCGCACGUCAACGAUAAGGAGGAGUUUCAGCAGAAACUGGCAAGCAGGAUUGAGCUGCACUGACGCUACUCGUGCUAUGUGGAAGAUGUAAGACAGGCACCACGUAUUACGACGCUCUUUACACAUGACGAAUCCGAGCUGUGGGUGGGGGAGCAAUGUUUCGCCAAGACACCACGUCUUAUGAUAUGGAGACUAUAUAGGCGUUCGUACGGUUAUGGUGUAACUGUCG